AUGCUUCCAACUCCCCAUGUCUCUUGCGACUACGACAAAGUUUACGAACCGUCAGAAGAUAGUUUUCUUCUACUAGAUGCUCUGGAAAAAGACCGGGCGUUCUUAUCGCAGUUUUUGGGCUCUAAAGCUGCACUAGUAUGUGAAUUGGGAUGUGGGUCCGGAAUCGUGACGACAUUCAUGAUGCAAAACGAUAUACCUAGUAAAUAUGCUAUAUACGUUCCAACAGACUUGAAUCCGUGGGCUAUUGAAUCUACGGUCAGUACGGCACAACGUAAUGAAUGCGACCAACAGAUUUUUAGCCCAGUGCGCAUGAACUUGGCGCACUCAGUACGCUCCAGACAGAUCGACCUGCUAGUUUUCAAUCCACCUUAUGUGCCAGCAGAGUCGGUACCGAAAGUGCCCAGUGACCUGGAUACAUCACCGGCAGCAGGCCAGGAGGACGACUCAACUUCCGAUUGGCUGGAUCUGGCGCUUUUGGGAGGUGACGAUGGAAUGGUGGUAACUUGGAAAGUGCUUGAAAAUCUCGACGACUUUUUGGCGCCCGAGGGCAUCGCUUAUGUCCUGUUUUGUGCGAGAAAUAAACCUCUGGAGGUCGUCAAGCACAUGCAGCUUCAGGGCUGGAAAAGUGAGCUGGUCGAACAUCGCAAGGCUGGCUGGGAAGUACUCAGCAUCUAUAAGUUUUAUCGGUGA